AUGUGCCUGCUCAACCUCAUCACCGGCGGGCGCAAGCAGCUCCCGCUCGUCGCCGACGUCGAGGGCCUCCAGAAGAAGAACGAGCUGAGGCUGACAUGUGGGCUCAACUAUUGUUUUUUCCUUUAUUUUGAUCCAAGAGGAAGGACAGACGUUGGAUGCGAUUUAGAGGGUAUAGAUAGAUGGACAGCAAGAACACAGCUAGUUGAGUCCCAGCACACGAGGUGCAUCACGUUCUCGGCCUUCUGCGCCUUCCCCCUCCUCUGCUUCUCCACCGCGACCGCCCUCUCCACGGACACGCUGCUCCGGCCGCCAUCCAGCGAAGGCUCGUGUGACCCUAUUGCUCCUAAGAUCUUCCACCGUGCACCAUCCUGCGACUCUCUCGAUGUGGACUAUGUAUCAGAGAACUGCGAUGUCCCAGUGACCAAAAAUCGAAUGGAUGAACAAGUAUCAUGUGAAUUCCACUCUGAAAGGAAGAGAGAUCCAGGCAAGUUCAAAAAUCAGCUAACAAAUCAGGGUACAACAAGGAUGGUUGGUUGCUUCCCUAAUCCGCCCUUCUUCAAGUCCCCAUCCGACGUGAGCAGUUGGGAUUCUUUUUUUCUCGAUGCCAUCCGUGUCCGAAGCCAGCUUGAGCCCCAACAGGGGGGAGCACCUACUGACUUGCAACUCCUCGACCGCCGCCAGUCGCUGCUCAGCCUCGUCGCGCCAGUCAUCAAGAACCUGUGA